UCCUCCGCCAUCGUGCGCUGUCUGCCCCCCUCGCCUUCUCGCCAUGUCUUCGCACAAGACUUUCAGAAUCAAGCGAUUCUUGGCCAAGAAACAAAAGCAAAAUCGUCCUAUUCCUCAGUGGAUUCGGAUGAAAACUGGCAACAAAAUCAGGUACAACUCCAAGAGAAGACACUGGAGGAGAACGAAGUUGGGUCUGUAAGGAAUCAACAAUGGCAAGACAGUUUACGCUGAAUCGUGGUCCUGGAUGAGUGUUAUCAGAUGGAGUUCAACAUUUUCAACCCUGAUUAUGUUUAAGUUGGGAGUGGGUUCUCCAGUAAUAAAUUGUAGAGCCUUUCAAACUGCAAAAAAAAAAAAGUCACUCACCUGAAAAUAAUAUUCCUUAACAACUUAUUUUUGUUAUUUAGAUUUAUUUACUUUAGUAUUUUUAUGUGUGUGUAUGAUUGUUUUUCCUAUGUGUAUAUAUGUUCACAACAUGUGUGUUUCCUGCCUGCAGAGGUAAAUAAGAAGAGGUAUUAGAUCUUUGGAACUGGGGUCACAGAUGGGUGUGAACUGCCAUGUCUGUCCUCGGAAUUGAACCUGAAUCUUCUGCAAAAUCAACAAACACUGAGCCGUCUCUUCAGUUCCUAUAUCUUUAUUUUGAGGCAGGCCUGGAACUCCCUAUGUGAACUCCUUCAGCUCACAGAGAUCCGCCAACUUUUGAGUGCUGGUAUUAAAGGUGUUUGCCUUCAUGCAAAAAGUUGAGAUCUUUAAAUAUUGAUCAUGUAGUAUUUAUAUUACUUGAUUUAAUUUGUGAUCCAGGGGAAAUUGGGAUCCCUUUGGGGGUUCUUUGUCUCAUUCAUAAAAGAAUUUCAGAAUGCACUCAUGGAAGCACAAGGCCAAUUUUAUCAGGGCUUAAAGGAGUAACUACAGGGCAGGUGAGCUGCCUGGAGGUGAAGGGAGGAAGCCAUGGAGGCGUGGAGGGAGAUGCAUAGCCAACAAGCAGUAUGGUGGGGGGAGGAGCUUUAGAGAAGGAGUUAAGGAAACACAAAAUAUUGGGGUGGAGGACAAAGAGUUAAAGAGAGUGUGCUUAGAAAAGAGAUAGAGCCAGGCUGUGGUGGUCACACCUUUAAUCCCAGCACCUGGGAGGCAGAGGCAGAGGCAGGUGGAUCUCUUGUGAGUUUGAUGCUAGCCUGGUCUACAAAAUGAGUUCCAGUGUAGCCAAGACCGUUAAACAGAAAAGGGCUAUUACACAGAGAAA